AUGGCUUCCAGGGGUGGUGGAUCCAUAGGCCGAGGUGCAGGCAGGGCUCAGGGCAGCGCACCGGGAUCUCCACCACGACAUAUGCAGGGGCGAGUAGGGGAUGGACCGGGUGGAGCCGGCGCGAUCUUCGUUGGGGGGUUGCUUACCGUACCGGCGCCGAGCUCUCGUCACUCUUUCCAUUACGACGGCCCUCGGCCCCCUCCUUCGGGGAAGACGCCGACGCAGCCGGAGAGCGGCAGUGAGGAGGAGGAUGAGGAGGAGGAUGGUGAGGGCGAGAAGGAGGAGGACACUGAGGGGAGCGGGGAUGACAGCGAGGCGGCGUGGGACCCAGAGACGCAUGGCAGUGGGGAGGGGGGAGAUGAUGAUGAUGAAGACCACGAGAUGGAUGGGUUGGAGCCAGAGGGGCGGGAGGAGGAGGUGGGAGAGGGUGGUGGAAGGGCGGCGACAGAGGCGGGAUCACAGCAUGUGCGUGAAGGGGGAGGGAGCGUGGGGGUUAAGGUGGGGGGGGGAAAGGCCGUGACCAUUAGGGAGCCGAGGCAGAGGAAGAAAGCGAACAAGUUGAGAGAGCGGGCGUAUCCCUGCACGUUCACUGGGGAGCCCUUGGGCGAGGGUGUGAUCGCUCCCGAGUUCCUAGACGAGGACGGAGGGUCCGAGAGUAGUAAGGGGACUGGCAAGGGUAAUAGGAAGCCGGGGUGGCAAGUUAUGAUGUUCGGACCGUUAGGGGCAGACGAUAAGCGUCAGUGCAAGAUUUGCACAGACAGGAUUUCGUGGAAGAAAUCCACAACAACCCCGGGCGAGCGGCACUUUGCGAGCUUCCACACUGCGCACAUGCAUGUGUGGCAUCACCGUUACCACACCCCGUCCGUUCACUUGCCAGGGGAGACGUUUCCCCGAGGGGGCUACAAGGGAGUGCCGGAUGGCUACGUCUAUCAGUGGCCACAUGCCAAGACUUGGCCGCAGCUCGCCAAGGGGAAAGCGAUGGCGACUGGUGGAGGUGAUGGGUCAGGAGGGAUCGAGCGGUGGAUGACAACCAAACUGACCUCGGUGCAGCUACGGCAGGCGAUCACGAAGCUGGUGGUCACCUGCGACCUGCCCUUCCGCAUCGUCGAGGCCGAGGCUUUUCGUGAGCUACUCAUCCUGUUAAACCGCAACUGCGCGCAGAAAAACUUCAUCCCCUCGCGCUGGACGGCUUCCCGCGACACAGUGGUCUAUGCGGCUGCCGCUCUUCAGUCAGCCAUCGCGGAGAUGCUGGCGAAGGAGGGGGAGCUGGGGUGCAGGGUGUCGUUCACCAUCGACAUGUGGACGUCGCCCAACAACAGGGCGUGGCUAGUGGUAACGGGUCACUGGAUCGACGAGAAUUACCAGCUGCGCACAAUGGUGUUUGAAUUCCGCGAGAUUCACGGGCGUCACACGGGCAAGCAGAUGGCGAGGGUGGUUGAGGAGACGGUGGUGCAGUGGGGGUUGGAGACGCGUUGUCUUGGGUUCACCUCGGACAACGCCUCCAGCAACACUGCCGCUUUCAGGUGGAUGUCGGAGGAGGGUGGUGGCCAGUGCUUCUUCAACUCGCGCAUGCACUUCCGCCCGACCCUGUCCACUCCCCCUCCUAAUACCGGCACGGACAGUCCUGUUCAGUCGGCGCGAGUUUACCUUCCCGAUGUCGACCACGAGGUGUUCAAGCAUUUCCGCCGCAUAAAGGUGGACGAGGGGAAAUCGCAGCAAUACGAGUGCAGGUACUGCUGCAAUGUCUUUUCUGGCGCCGCCACCCGCUGCGCGCAGCACUUGGCGAGUUGGAGGAAGAUGAGGCGCCGCGAAGUGGCGCUAUGCAAGGAAGCCCCCUCUGAAGUACGGGCUGCCAUCCGGAAGAAGUAUGAGGCUAAGGCUGCAGCGGCAGAUCAGCGCCGCCAGGCGACAUCGGAUGCCAUUGCGUCGGUCACCAGCGGCGGAAAGAGGAGCCGCAUUACUGACUACUUGGAGACGGAUGCGGCAGCUGCGAAGCGCGAUGCACACGAGGCGUUGGCGCUGAUGUUCGCGGCGUGUCGAAUCUCGGAGCGCGUGGCGGAGCACCCUCUCUUCAUCAACGCCGUUUGUGCCAUUAGGGACUCCGGCACAGGAUACGCCCCCUCGACGAGGACGUUCAUCGGCGGGGCGGGCUUGCGACUCUGUUGCGAGAACAUCGACAGAGGGCUUUCUGGAGUGAAGGCGAGCUGGAAGCGGACCGGCGUGACAAUUUCUUCUAAUAUGAUGACUGAUAAGAACGGUCACCCCCAGGCGAACGUGUUUCUCGUCAACGAGAGCGGUGCGGUGUUCAAGGACAGCGUGGACUGUCGCAUGGAGACCAAAACCGGCGGUUAUGUCGCCAGCAUCCUCAGGCCCGUGGUGGAGGAGGUCGGUCCAGAUAACGUGGUGGCAUUCUGCACGGACGGUGGGUCCAACUACGCGGUGGCGUGCAACGAGCUGAUCGCGGAAUGGCCGCACAUUCAACACGUGCCAUGCGCCACCCACGUGUUGGACCUCUUCAUGGAGGACGUCGGCAAGAUGACGUGGGCCAAGAAGGUGGUGGACACUGCGGGCGAGAUCAGCUCCUUCUCGCUUGCACAGAUGGUGGUGUCUGAUGUGUGGAAGGGUUGGGCAGUUGGGGAUAGGAAGAAGUCUGCGGAUAAGUUUGCGUCACAAGUUCUUGAUGACGCGUGGUGGCGGACGGCGGAGUUUUUCUCCAAGCUGAUGAAGCUCCCGUUCAUGGCAAUGCGUAAGACCGAUGGGGAUGCCAAGGGGAUGAUGGGCCGGAUGUAUGACGUGAUGCUGCAGUUGACCGAGGAUGUGGGGACAGUGGUGGAGGAGGAUGAGGAGCAGCUGAGCUACUCCGACAAAGUGAACAUCCGCCGCCUGCUGAAGAACAGGUGGGACGACAGCCUGGCCUGCCCCAUGCACGUUGCGGGCAGAAUUCUCAACCCGGCGAACCAGGAUGAAGACAUCUUCGGCUCAGACGCGGAGUGCACUAGGGUAACGUACAUCACUCAACACGCCGAGCACCUCUGCAAUUACGGGAAGGAGGGGGAUGAUGGGGAUGACAUUGGCGAGGUUUUGAUGGAACUGCAGGACGGGGUGAGGGCAUUUCUAGAUAUGAAGGGAAGCUUCGAGAUGGGGGAUGCAAUUGCUCAGAGGAACUUGGUCAAGCAAGGCAAGUAUGACAUGGUAAAGUGGUGGCAGUGGCACGGCACUGACGCACCAAAGCUGGCGGCCCUAGCCAUCAGGACUCUCUCUCAGCCCGUGUCGGCUUCACCAUGUGAGAGGGGAUGGUCAACGUGGGAUGGGGUGCACACGGCCCGCCGGAACCGGCUUGGCUCUGCCAAGUGCCGGGAUUUGGUUUUUGUUGCGCACAACUGGAGCGUUGUGCGCAACUGGCAUUCCCGUGCAUAUGUCAUGCCGGGUGUGGUGCUCGGGAACAUCCCGGAGCCUCCCGUGCCCGAGGGCUACAAUGUGAUGGAGGGGGACGAGGAGGAGGAGGAGGAGGGGGAAGAUGACAUUUUGGAGGAUGAGUAUGCGUAG